GCAAGUUUUGGAACUUAUCCAACGUAUUUAAUAUACAAAUCAUACGUCUAACCGAUUGGAAAUUAGUCGGAGCGUAAAUUUUAACUGUUCACAUUAUAGAAAAAAAAGGCAUUAAAUUUUUAAUUGCAGGUCGAACAGUAUCGCAGAUGUGAAGAACUCGAGAUGAAUUCUCCUUGGUUACUCUGGUUGUUGUUACUGCAAAGGGCCAUUGUAGCCCUGAGUGAAAACAAUAACCGAUCCCUAAGCGUGGAUAAGAUAAAUAAUGAGAAUAUCGACUACGAAACGUGGGUCAAUGCCGAAAAAUUGAUAAGGCAAUUCAUGGAUAUAGUAACAAAAAAGGCCUUACCUCUAAUAGUGAAGAUCAACUCUGAAGUCACUUUAUCGUCCGAUUGUAUGGGAAGUUUAAUGAAAUUAUUCAUGGAUCUUCGACAAUUUAAGGGAUGGGCCGUAAAAAUGAUAGACGCAAUGGGAAAACCGACAGCAGGAUUACUAGAAGGUGUAGUUGCUUCAUUAGGAUCGUACGACGAAUGCUUGGAUAUUGAAGUAGAACGUCCCAGAAAGACACCCAUAAGAGGUCAAUACUGCCUGCUAGAAAUGUGGCCACCUCUACCUCCAAAACCUACACCAGCAUUUAUCAGAAAGUUCGUUAGCAACAUCAAAUGGGACUUACUACCUUCGGAUAAGUUAUUCGACAUGGCCCGAAACUAUUCUUUCCUAUUUCACCUUGCAAAAAUUCAAUAUGGCGUCUGCGUGCCUUCAACGUGUUCCUAUAAGGAAGUUGAAGACAUCGCUAAAGCAGUUCUACAGGAGAUGAAGUUCAACGGGUCCUUACACAGAUGUGAAGUGAAGCGUGGUUUAAAAUUUACUUCCGAUCAAAUAAUCAUUGCUUGCGCUCUCGUUAUAGUAUUCUUGUUCGUUACCAUUGGAUCAUUAUUGGAUAUAUACGCUUGCAGAAUGAAAAUGAGCCAUCAGAUAUGCAUGAAAAUUAACGACAACAAUGGAAAGUUCGUUAGGAUACUUUUAGCAUUCUCCAUUUUAAGGAACACCAGCAAAUUACUGAAGCCUGAUGCCACUUACCCAGAGUUAUCAUCGUUACAUGGAUUCAGGUUUCUUACUGUAACCGGAAUCAUGAUGGCUGCCACUUAUGGCUACUUUGAUCCUAUAUUUUAUCAAAAAAUUGGUUAUUUAUACGACACUACCAGAACUGUAACGUUUCAGAUUAUUCUUGGUGGUCAAGUUGCCAUUAAUUCUUUAUUCUUUCUCAGUGGCAUCCUGACUAUGUACUUCACAAUUAAAUCAUUAAAGGGUGAAAGGCAAUUGAGUAUACGUAUCUUCCUCUUCCAUCGUUUAUGCAGGCUGAUACCGACCAUAUUAUUAAUUUUGGGCUUAAUGAUGAUGGUACCACUAAUCAGCUCAGGACCCGUAUGGCAAGAAAUGGUUGGACAUUACAUAGAUGUAUGCCGUACCAACUGGUGGACCAAUAUUCUGUUUAUUAGCAACUGGUGGCCCUUUUCUCAGAUGUGCCUGAUGUCCAUGUGGUUUCUCUCUUCAGACAUGCAACUUCACUUACUCUCACUUCUCAUUAUUUUCCCAUUUUUUAAGAGCCCGAAAUUGGCGCUGUUCAUCGGGAUUUUUCUAGAAAUAUGUCGUGCCAUAGCGGUGGCCAUUGUGACACUGGUUUACAAAGUGGAGCCUCCUCUGAUGUCUCCUGAUAGAGACGUUUGGGCAAACAUGAUCGACAAAAUUUACUUGAAACCACAUUCGCUAAAUGGUGCCUUUAGCGUGGGCCUUCUUGCUGGUUAUUUAAUUGCAGAGCAUUCAUCUGUUAUCAUACGAUUGAAGUACCAAGUACUUGGAUGGUGCUUUACUAUAGGAUGUUCAUUAGCCAUGCUAUGUUUACCGCACCAUCUGGGUAAAACUCCAGAACCGAAUGUAGCUGGCACUGUACUAUACAUGACAUUUCAUCAAACGGCAUGGGCACUAGCUAUGGCAUGGAUAGCUGUGAUGUGUGCUUUAGGAUAUGGGGGUCCAAUACAGAAGACACUUUCCUUUAAAUUAAUUAUUCCGUUAAGUCGCCUUUCUUUUACUGCCUUUCUUCUACACGAAGUGGUCAUUAGGACUCGUUACAGCACCAUUAGGCAGACAUUAAUUUUCAGUCACUACAACAUGUUCUACGAAUUCUGUAGUCACUUCUUAAUUAGUUUUGCUUUAGCUUAUGCGUGUUACGUGGUAGUAGAAGCACCAUUUAGCAAGGUAGAACGGAUACUCUUCCCCCAUUGGGAUUACGCAUGCCAAAAAUCUACCAAAGACACGUGUUUCUCUACCGAAAAGGAAGUAGAGAAGGUUAACAAGAAAGAAAUACAAUUAUAAAGGAUUGUUGGAUCAUCAACGUGGAGUGUACAAGUGUACGAGUGGUCUCAUCAUUUCGUUAUCACUAUUGAAUCAAUAGUAAUAUAGCGAGAUACCAUUUAGAUUUAUUAUUUAUAAACCAUUUAAAA